AUGCCAAUGGACGGCGAUAUUCUUGGUGUCAGGACUUUGUACUUCACGCAGGAUGAGCUGGAGAAACUUCACUCCCCUCUGGCGGUUCACGACAAGUAUGCUGAAGCGUGCGGGGGUGCAAACGCAGCAGAAAAGCUGCCUGCGUCCUGGUGGGGAGGCGUGAUGCAUGAUGAGGAGCAAGACGGCUCAGACCUCGGAUUUCUCAAGGCUUCUCAAAGAUGCCAUGGGGUGGCUGCGCGGCACGAAGAGAAGGUACCUGGUUUGGCAGCCAAGGCCACGCUGAUUACUCGCUAUCGAGUUGCCUACAUGGCGACCGGCUCUACGCAUGUAGCCGACUUCGUGGUGAGCACGUCGCACUUCGGAAAGAUUCCCUCUGCAGAGGACAUGUUCCGGCUGUCGGCGCGCUCUGAGGAGCUGCAGCAAGCCAUGGAUGCGGUCGAAGUUGUCAGCGACAAGUUUUCCAUGCCCACCUUCAUGACCGGAGAUUGGAACUUCCGCAUGGUCCCCUUUGACGAGCUUGCGAAGUUUUCCAAUUUCGAGGGUUUGCUAUACUCUGGACCAGUAAUUCACAUGGUAGAUGGGACGAUGCGGUACAGCUAUGUGAGAAGGAGUCCAAUGCAACCCGACAUCGCAUACGAGGAGACCCGAGUGGCUUACGUCGCCCUGCGAAAUUCAGACUCCAUGAGGUUUCUGCAAACGCUCGGAGGGUUCUAUCCGCUGUACAGUCACUUCUACACUUUCCGGCGGCGUCCGCCAACAUGCAGAUUUCGCGAGUCCACUUAUCGGCCUCACUGUGAGACCGUUCCCUUGGCAAACCUCGGCAAGAAGAGCUAUGCAAACACAUCAGCAUUGUCUUCAGAGGAAUUCCUCUCCGAUGGCAAAAAGUGGGAUCAGUUCAAGAAGGAGGGCUUCGACCUGCUCAAGGGUGACAAAGCCGCAGCAAGCGUCACCCGGCUGCCUUCGCAAUGCGACCAGAUCUACUGGAGCAACAACAUCACAACGCUCAGCAUGGACUCAGCGUGGGAAGUCCUAGGUCCUGCCGCCAAACGGGUUGUGACGUCGGACCACAACAUGUUGGAGCUGAAAGCAAGAAUGUGGCUAUCAUGA